AUGAGCUCGCGCCCAGGAAUUUGCAGCAUCUCGCUUGGCCGUGCUGCCGCAGGCCACUCGCUACGCCACAGGCUCGACAUGGCCCAGUUCCACGGCUUCAAGGGAAUCGAGUUAUUCCACGAAGACCUUGUUUCAGGCCUCGGCAACACGAAGCCGUUCAUUUCAACACCGGCCCAAGAGCUUGCUGCUGCCCACGCCAUCCGAAUCAUGUGCACCGAGCGUGGCAUCAGCAUCAUCUGCCUGCAACCGUUCUGGCAGUACGAGGGCUUGCUGGACAGAGCGGACCACUAUCAUCAACUGACCGUCAAGCUGCCCCUGUGGCUGGAGCUCGCAGAGGCUCUGGACACAGACUUGAUCCAGGUGCCCUCCAACUUCCUCCACUCGGGAAAGCUCUCUACCGACUUGGCACUCGCAGUCAACGAUCUGCGCAGGAUGGCAGAUGCCGGUUUGGCUUAUGGCGGCGACGUCAGGGGCCGCAGGGUCAUCCGCUUUGCAUACGAGGCCUUAGCCUGGGGCACCCGCUGCGACACCUGGGAACAGGCAUGGCAUACGGUCCAGGUCGUCGACCGCCCGAAUUUCGGAUUGCUGCUUGAUACAUUCAACCUCGCCGGCAGUCGCGUCUUCGCAGAUCCGGCAUCAUCUACGCCCCUAGGUCUCAUUCCGGAGGCACACAAGAAUCUUCGGGAGAGCCUGGACAGACUAAUCAAAGAGGUGGAUGUCGAAAAGGUGUUCUACGUACAAAUCGCAAGCGCUGAGAAGCUAGCAGAACCACUUGUCGAGGGCCACGAGCUCUAUGUAGCAGACCAGCCAGCCAGAAUGAGCUGGUCGCGCAGUUGCCGCCUCUUCUACGAAUAUCUCCCUGUCCGCGACGUCGCGCGCGCCAUUUUCGAGGACCUCGGCUUCCGCGGCUGGAUCAGCCACGAGGUCUUCAACCGCCGCGCCUGGGACACGGACCCCGACGUCCCUCAGGAGCUCGCCAGCCGCGCCGCGUACUCGUGGGCGAAGCUGUGCACCGAAUUCCAGCUCCGUGGGUCACCCAGCCCGCGCCGCUCCAUGCAGAAGUCGCCUGCGCAGGAGACAGAUGACGGCAAGACCGACUUGCAUGCUCCGGCUGGACAGACCCCCACGACCGCCGCUUCUGAGGAUCAGGAGCAGGAAGAUGGUCACGCGGCGUUCCUAUAG